AUGAGUCUACACACGUCCCAGAGAAACCGCAAAUCCGGUUCUAGGCCAGACCUGAGCGAAGUGCACGGUGGUAAUGGAUACGGACAGGAGUACAUGGACGGCGGAGGAUACAAUACAUACAGCUACUCAAAGACGUCCAUGGGAGGUGGUGGAGGAGUACAGGGGUAAGACGGUUUUUAUUUAUUCUAAAGGCCAUUCAUUGUGCUGUAUUACACAACUGUAGCUCUCACUUGCCCGAAUACUGUUUUUAGUAGGCUAAAUUUCUCCAGAGAGAAAAUGCGUUGUCCAAAGUGUGGCUAUCUCCGGUUGAAAUCAUCAAACACAUUUUUGAUUUCCAUCUAGUUCAUGAAUAACUUGAUAUCAAGAUAUUGGAAUUCUUGAGGGAAAUGUAUAGUUGUCUGUCUAUUGACUAGGACGAAUAUUUGUAUUACCACAAAGCCUAGUACACAGUUAUUUUUUUCUGUGUGCAGACCCAGUUCAUAAUGUAUUACCCUGCAUUGAGAGGUAUUCGUUUUGAAGAACGAUGCUCUGGCCUGACUGCUAAAAACAUGACACGAAAUGCAAAUUAAACGUUUUAUUACAGCCUACAUUAGUUAACAUGUCACGAUAUGCAUAUUAUGAGCACUGAGAACGUAUUUGCAUGCAUCCAAAUAGAUAUGUGGAGUUUUUUACACUAUAGAGAUCACUACUGACUGUUGCCUGGCUACCCAAACUCCUUGCUCUGGCCAAAUGCUACGCCACGCCCACGGACAUUAGUUGAUGUAUGUAGUAAACAUAGACCUGAAACCUGUCUCUGUGCCUCUCUGUGGGGAAGCUGCAGGGAGACUUAAACUUUAAUUAUAACUCACAUAGCAAACUGUGAGGCUCUAACACACUUCUACUCCAUUCCUGAGACCUGUGUAGGAAUCUUAAACAUUCUAUAGAGUCUAUAUUAGUAUAGAGGUCAUAGUUGAUGAUUACAGUAUGAAUACCUGUAGAAAGACUAUUCAUAUGACAACAAACAAAGACCAACAGAUCCUCUGGGAGCACGUAAAGCCAUGUGAAGUUUCAGUAGCUCUUUAGCAGUUGCAUUCUCUUUAUAUGUGCAGUUUUUAGUCUCUCUGCCACUCUGUGUUGUUGGUUAAGUGGCAAAGGAAAACCAUGUCACUACGCUUGAAAACCACUUCCCGGGAAAAGCAUGUCACUACUCUUGAAAACCACUUCCCGGGAAAAGCAUGUCACUACUCUUGAAAACCACUUCCCGGGAAAAGCAUGUCACUACUCUUGAAAACCACUUCCCGGGAAAAGCAUGUCACUACUCUUGAAAACCACUUCCCAGGAAAAGCAUGUCACUACUCUUGAAAACCACUUCCCAGGGAAAGCAUGUCACUACUCUUGAAAACCACUUCCCGGGAAAAGCAUGUCACUACUCUUGAAAACCACUUCCCGGAAAAGCAUGUCUCUACUCUUGAAAACCACUUCCCAGGAAAAGCAUGUCACUCUUGACUCAUGUUUCCCCUUUGCCCAUCCCUGCACAUAGUCCAUUCAAUUAGGGCACAUCGGAAGCAUCCUUAGAUAACUAAAUUCUUGCUAGUUGCUGCACUAAGACCACAAUUCAUUGCAGGAAACCACCGGGAUCAUUGACGUACAUAAUUGAUCAAUGUUAAACAUUUAUUUAACGAGGAAGUCACAUUGAGGUCAGAAGAAGGGCCAGUUGUUGACAGUGAUGAGGAUGAUGAUUACAAUGAUGACAAUGUUUUAUAGUGAUGAUGUUUAUAGGAGGCUAAUGAUGAUAAUGGUGACGAUGUCUUCCAUGUCUCCUACAGCCAGUCCACCCCCAGUGCCCUCCAACAGAAGGCAUACAUCCUGCAGGGCCAAUGUCAGGAAUACCUGAGGAAGGCAGAACACUGCCUACAGGCCGUAAGUCACUACCUACCAUAGAGAUAUAAUAAGUGUUAUAUUCUAUGAGUCACUUCAUGUCCUGUCUGCUUUGAGAUACUGACUUUAGUCAUGUUUUAGUCUAAAUACAGUUAGUCUGCAUGUAAUCAGACAGUCUGACUAAGAUAUGUACUAUACCUGACUGUGGUAUGAAAGCUGAGAUAGUACUACACUAAUCCUACAACCAAUCACCCUUGACUUGCUUUAGUGGAGUUCUUGUAAGUACAAGUAGGCCUAUGCAUGUUAUCAUCAGAGGAACAUGAAUGAGGUUUCUUAUCUUGGGUAGACAUUCACACAUGACGAAUCCUCACACCUGGCAUGUGAAAUAUGCUCUGUCAGGUGCAACUCCACCCUUUCACUUCAUGUUCUCAAAUGAGCUUAAAACCGCAUUAGAUAUUUAAGUCUGUCAAGCCAGGUCUUAUCAGAAUCAUGUCUUUGUUUAAUAAAUCAUAACCAGUGAGAUUAUAUGGCUCAUCUGUCCCUGUUAUGUUUGACAUGUUCAUGCAGGUAUGGCUGACUCAACGCGUGCGUGUGUGCGUGCACGCACAUGAGUGCGUGUGUUUUUGUUUCAAGCUGCAUGGAAUGAAAGUAGUGUGUUUUUGGAUUAUGCAUGGUCUGAAAGAAGGCAUUGUCUCAGCUUCUGUUUGGUACACAGUCUGCAGUAAACCCAGCGACUAUCUUUAAACACACACCCAGGGAAUGUUUUAAUUUGGCCAUGACCUGUCACAGAAUGUACUCGUUAACCAUUAUAGUACACUACUACAAUCUAAUAUGAGUAAUAGAAGCUGUCUGGACAAAGGUGAUUAUGAUUGAAACAUUAUGGUCCUGUCAUUAACUGGGUUUUGAACUGAAGGACUCACCUGACUGAACAUAGUCUACUGUAUUCUCGUUUGAGAAACCUAGAACAGCAAGUCGAAGCUAGACUGAACAUAAUAUACAAAUCCAUAAUGUGCAUCUCUUCCUGACAUUUCCCUGUUGAUCCUACAGGGCGGCGAUGCUGGGCGUGCCACAGCCGAGGCAGAACGCUUCAUGGCCAUGGCCAGAGAGACCAUAGAGCAGCUGAAGGGAUGUGCUCGGGACCUGAGCCACAUGGGCCAAUCCAACGACAACGUGGUCCGAAGGUCAGUAGUCUCACGGUACCAAACCUCAACACCAUAUUCUUGUUUGAAACCUAGAAAGGCUGGAGUCAAGGUGAAGAGGUCAAAUAUACAGAGAGAUGACCACUACUACAACUUUUUAUUUGUACAGGUUAUUCUCAUUGGGGCCGAUUUAGACUUAGGAAAUCUAUUUCUUUUUUACACGUUUUGAUGUAAGUACUUCUCAGUAUUUGAUAUUUAGACAUACCUUAUCCAGGUGUGCAACAAGCUCUUUGGAAGUGGCUUCCUUAUGCACACUGAAUCAAUGUAAUUCAACCGCCAAAGACGCUCCCACUUGCUGGCCAACAGAUUUUGGAAUGGAGUUUUCAUUCAAUAGGGUUUUCAGUACAUUUAUCUAAAGCAAUCCCUUUAAAUACAGUGUACCUUUAAUUUGAAUUCUCGGCAGACUUACGUUCCCAGCAAGAUGCCGCUCAAAACAGAAGGGGGAACUAACUAAGAGUCACUGACCACAACCAAAAAGAAACAGGUGGGGUUUUAGCAGGGGUUCUGAAAGACACUCAUGGGGGUGUCCACUAAAAGUUGACUAGCAACAACUGCUGUGGCCUAAAAGACACCCACCAUGAGUGGCGCAGUGGUCUAAGGCACUGCAUCGCAGUGCUAACUGUGCCACUAGAGAUCCUGGUUCGAAUCCAGGCUCUGUCGCAGCCGGCCGCGACCGGGAGACUCAUGGGCGGCGCACAAUUGGCCCAGCGUCGUCCAGGGUAGGGGAGGGAAUGGCCGUUUAAACUGCCACGUUUUGUCUGCAUUCCAUAUUGAUUCAAAUAGGCUACAUGUCCCAAAUUAUUUCACAACUUGUAAUUAAAUAUGAUCCACUAUUGCUAGCGACCCUCAGCAACAACUACAUGGACGUGACAGCAUUUACAGAGGAAACAAAUAAAAGUAGGCUAAAUCAAACAAUGUGGCCUAAUGGAAUGAUAUGGAAUGAUACGGAAUGUAGGGACUGAAGGGAACUAACCCUAAAUAAAGUUAUAAGGUCAUACAAUUUAAAUUCUGCUUAACGGCACAGCAUGUCAUACUUCACUGUGGGAGAUAAAUACCUGUUAUGUUGAGAUGCUUUUCAGUUUGCAGCCUUAUGACUGAUUUCACAUUUGUCUCCAGCGAUCAUAAGAUAAAAUAGAUCUAAAACAAUAGGCAUUUAUAUUUACAAUCCCCUUAUCCAAAUGGAUUACUCAUGUACCUAGCUCUUAUCAAUAAAGUGAGGUCCAAAAGUAUUGGGACAGUGACCAAUAUUUAUUUGGGGGGAUCAAUGUUGUUGUUCCUCCAGUAGAACACCAGAUCUUUUGAAAUGACACAACAACUUUGAGGUUAAAGUGCAGACUGUCAACUUUAAUUUGAGGGUAUGUUCAUCCAUAUCGGGUGAACCGUUUAGAAACUACAUCACUUUGUACAUAGCCCCCCCCAUUUUAGGGGACCAAAAGUAUUGGGACAAAUCCACUUACGUGUAUUGAGGUAGUAAAAAGUUAAGUAUUUGGUCCCAAUUCAUAGCACGCAAUGACUACAUCAAGCUUGUGACUCUUCUACAAAUUUGUUGGAUGCAUUUGCUGUUUGUUUUGCUGAUGGUGCCAACAGAUCUGGCAGCUCUGCUUCUAGCUCCUAAGCAACUUUGCAGUAUUUUGUUUUUUUGUGUGUUAUUUCUUACAUUAUUAGUCCAGGAUUUUUUUUGUGUUAUUACAUACAGCCGGAAAUAACUUUUGGAUAUCAGAGCGGCGGUAACUCCCCAGCAUUACGACCUGGAAUACGACUUUCCCGAAAUGGAUCCUUUGUUCGUACCCCCCAGGCAAUUUAACUUAUUCCAGAGGCUGCUCCAAAAACGUUGGCAGAGAAGAGGUAUUCGGAGUGGACUUCUAGUCUGACUCAGGAGGCGUGCACACCAUCCACCACUUCCGAGUAUAUUACUCGCGAAUGUUCAGUCUCUGGAUAAUAAAGUAGAUGAGCUCGGGGCGAGGAUCUCCUUCCAGAGAGACAUCAGGGAUUGUAACAUACUCUGUUUCACGGAAACAUGGCUCUCUCGAGACAUACUGUCCCCGUCCAUACAGCCAGAUGGGUUCUCAGUACAUCGCGCAGACAGGAAUAAAGAACUCUCCAGGAAGAAGAAAGGCGGGGGUGUAUGUUUCAUGAUUAACUACUCAUGGUGUGAUUGUGAUAACAUACAGAAACUGAAGUCCUUUUGUUCAUCCGACCUAGAAUACCUCACAAUCAAAUGUCGACCGUAUUACCUCCCAAGAGAAUUAUCUUCGGUUAUAGUCACAGCCGUGUAUAUUCCCCCUCAAGCCGAUACCACAACGGCACUCAAAGAACUACACUGGACUUUAUGCAAACUGGAAACCACAUAUCCUGAGGCCGCCUUUAUUGUAGCUGGGGAUUUUAACAAAGCAAAUUUGAAGUUCUACCAACACAUUGACUGUAGUACUUGCUCUGGGAAAACAUUGGACCACUGCUACUCAUCUUUUUGAAAUGCCUACAAGGCUCUCCCCCGCCCUCCCUUCGGCAAAUCUGAUCACGACUCCGUUUUGCUCCUCUUCCUAUAGGCAGAAACUCAAACAGGAAGUACCCGUGCUAAGGUCUAUUCAACGCUGGUCUGACCAAUCGGAAUCCAUGCUUCAAGAUUGUUUUUAUCACGCGGACUGGGAUGUGUUCCGGGUAGUCUCUGAGAAUAACAUCGACAAAUACACAGAUAUGGUGACUAAGUUCAUCAGGAAGUGUAUAGGAGAUUCUAUACCCACUGUGACUAUUAAAACCUACCCAAACCAGAAACCGUGGAUAGAUGGCAGCAUUCGCGCAAAAACGGAAAAGUGCGAACUACCGCAUUUAACCAUGGCAAGGUGACUGGGAAUAUGGCCGAAUAGAAACAGUGUAGUUAUUCCCUCCGUAAGGCAAUCAAAUAGGCAAAACUUCAGUACAGAGACAAAGUGGAGUCGCAAUUCAACGGCUCAGACACGAGACGGAUGUGGCAGGGUCUACAGACAAUCACAGACUACAAAGGGAAAACCAGCCACGUCGCGGACACCGACGUCUUGCUUCCGGACAAGCUAAACACCUUCUUCGCCCGCUUUGAGGAUAACACAGUGCCACCGACCCGGCCCACUACCAAGGACUGUGGGCUUUCCUUCUCCGUGGCCGACGUGAGUAAGACAUUUAAGCGUGUUAACCAUCGCAAGGCUGCCGGCCCAGACGGCAUCCCUAGCCGCGUCCUCAGAGCAUGCGCAGACCAGCUGGCUGGAGUGUUUACGGACAUAUUAAAUCUCUCCCUAUCCCAGUCUGCUGUCCCCACUUGCUUCAAGAUGUCCACCAUUGUUCCUGUACCCAAGAAAGCAAAGGUAACAGAACUAAAUGACUAUCGCCCCGUAGCACUCACUUCUGUCAUCAUGAAGUGCUUUGAGAGGCUAGUUAAGGAUCAUAUCACCUCUACCUUAUCUGACACCCUAGACCCACUUCAAUUUGCUUACCGCCCCAAUAGAUCCACAAACGAUGCAAUCGCCAUCGCACUGCACACUACCCUAUCCCAACUGGACAAGAGGAAUACCUAUGUAAGAAUGCUGUUAAUUGACUAUAGCUCAGCAUUCAACACCAUAGUACGCUCAAAGCUCACGUUUAAGCUUGGGGCCCUGGGUCUGAACCCCACCCUGUGCAACUGGGUCCUGGACUUUCUGACAGGCCGCCCCCAGGUGGUGAAGGUAGGAAACAACACCUCCACUUCGCUGAUCCUCAACACAGGUGCCCCACAAGGGUGCAGGUGGUGAAGGUAGGAAACAACACCUCCACUUCGCUGAUCCUCAACACAGGUGCCCCACAAGGGUGCGUACUCAGCCCCCUCCUAUAGUCCCUGUUCACCCAUGACUGCGUGGCCAAGCACGCCUCCAACUCAAUCAUCAAGUUUGUAGACGACACAACAGUAGUAGGCCUGAUUACCAACAAUGACGAGACAGCCUACAGGGAGGAGUUGAGGGCCAUGGGGGAGGGGUGCCACUAGUCACUUUAAUAAUGUUUACAUACUGCUUUACUCAUAUGUAUAUACUGUAUUCUAUUCUACUGUAUUUUAGUCAAUGCCACUCCGACAUUGCUCGAUCUAAUAUUUAUUUAUUUAUUAAUUCCAUUCUUUUACUUUUAUAUUUGUGUGUAUUGUUGUGAAUUGUUAGAUACUACUGCACUGUUGGAACUAGGAACACAAGCAUUUUGCUACACCCACAAUAACAUCUGCUAAAUAUGUGUAUGUGACCAAUAACAUUUGAUUUGAUUUGUGUUUCAGAUGAUUUAUAGAAAUGAAUGGUAAAUAAUGUAUUGUGUCAUUUUGGAGUCACUUUUAUUGUAAAUAAGAAUAGUAUAUGUUUCUAAACACUUCUACAUUAAUGUGGAUGCUACCAUGGUUACGGAUAAUCCUGAAUGAAUCGUGAAUAAUGAUGAGUGAGAAAGUUACAGACGCACAAAUAUCAUACCCCAAGACAUGCUAACCUCUCACCAUUAUAAUAACAGGGGAGGUUAACAUUUUUGGUGGGGUAUGAUAUUUGUGCGUCUAUAACCUUCUCACUCAUCAUUAUCAGCACUCCUACUUUGAGAAUCUUUGUGGAAACGGGCCCAGUUCUGUAUUAAUAUAUUAGAAAUCCCUUACCUUCUUUCACUUUCCCUUCGUCAUCCAAAUUGUUAGGGUUAUGUAUAGCGUUGUUGUGUUUAACUCUCUCUCUCUCUCUCCCCCGUCUCUUUCCCCCUCCCUCCAUAGUGUUGAGCUGUUUAGGGACCAGUUAAAGGGAGUCCACAUGGCCAUUUAUGGGACCAUGCAGAGGCGGAGCCGGGGGAGCAGGGGGAGUGGUACAUGGGAGGAAGCUGGGAGGAGCUUCAACGAGGCCAUUGCCUGGAUUGGACAGCAGAAGGUACAGAAAACCACACCCUACCCAGAGAUAAAGGACAGA